GCGUACACCGCAGAGUUGGCGUGGAUAUUCACCCCUACGUGCUUUCUGCUUAAAAAACACAAACAAAAUUGGACACAAAUAGAAGUUUAGGAAUAUGUUUCUUUAGUUUAGUAGAAUCGCUGUAAUGUAUCACCCCUUUAAUGUAGGUUGUGCCAUAGUCAGUUGAGUAGUUGUACCCGCGGACUGCUUGUGAAUUUAAUUACGAGCAAACCCCGGAAGUGUCUCUGUUUACUUUCGUAGUUGCCAUUCAUCUGAUGGGGAUGGCAGACGACGCUCUCUUUGAGUUUCUCCAUAUGGAGAUUGUGGCACACGUAUACAGGGAUCUGCAAUCCAUUAAAGGAGAGACUGACAACAAGGACAGAGCCUCCCGUGUUUCUAUUUUGGAGGGGAUGGGCUACAGAGUGGGACAAGGACUCAUUGAGAGAUUGACGAGGGAUUCCCCCUGCUUCAAAGAUGAGUUGGAUGUAAUGAAAUUCAUUUGUAAAGACUUCUGGACAAAGGUUUUCAGGAGGCAGGUGGACAAUCUCAGAACAAACCAUCAGGGCACCUAUGUAUUGCAGGAUAACAAAUUUAAUAUGCUGACUCAGCUCUCUAAUGGUAAACAGUACCUGGAUCAAGCACCUAAGUAUCUCGCCUUUUCAUGUGGUGUGGUGAGAGGAGCUCUGUCGAAUUUAGGUCUUGAAAGUGUCGUUACAGCUGAGGUCUCUGUUAUGCCAUCAUGUAAGUUUCAAGUGGUCAUCCAAAAAUUAUGACAAAGUCCUACCUUACUACUGAGUUCAACCAUCCUUGACCUUCACGUCAAGAUCUGAUGUUACCAAAAAGUAAAGUGGCUGCCAUUGUCUUAUCCGAUUUAUAUACACCAGAAAGAAUCAAAUAGUUCCCAAGGUGCCCACAGCAUGUUCUGAUGCCCAUAGUUGUAGGACUAAAUGGAGUUUCUACAUUUUAACUUGUACAAAUCAGAUACAGGUGUAGAGUUUCUCCUUGGUGACUUUCUCAUCUGUCUACAAACAUUUUUGUCUUCUAUACACAGACUAAAAUUUUCAUUGUCUGAAUAAAAGUAUAGCAUUACGAAGACAUGAAUCUCGUCAAAAUAAUUCUUCUUCUAUCGUAGGAAAAUAGGUGGAACUAAGCUGACUGACGGAGUUCAGUCUGGUUGAUAUGCUUGUGCCACGUAAUCAUGUUUACAAGUAAAUUUUAAAAAGGCUUUCAGUAAAUUCCAUUUCUGUACCUACUAAAACUGUGUUCAGAAACUGUGGUUUGGGGGUUGAAUGUUAUGCUUGAUUCAUAUUUGACUUAUGAGACAGCCAGUUGGUUCAAAUUCGGGUUUAAAAGCAAAAUGGUAAAAUCCCAGCAGCUCGCCGAAAUUGAAGAAGUCCUUUUUAAAGUACUUAAUGAUGCUGGAUGGUCUUUUAAUCACAGACUGUCUAAUAAUGUGGCUUAGCAUUGGAGAUAUGUGUCAAAUGAAAGAAAAGUCACAUAAUUAUGUGCUCCUCUGAGGGCAGCAAAUGGUCUGUAUAAAAAGCUACAAGUAGUCGAUGCAAUUUGUAUCAUUUGAGUGCAUCGUUUUGUCUGUUUUUGUCGGAAUAAAAAAUAAAACGUUUGAGUACCGUAAUGCAAUGAAUCUCAUUGUGGAUAUUGACAUUGCCACCACUAGAGGGAAGUGCAGCGCUGUUAUUCUGAUGUAAGCCUUGCAACUGCAAUGUACAACUAGAUGCUGUUCAGAUCUAUCUCGCCCUCACAAACCUCAACCUUAAUUUCUGUACAUUCAUUCAGUCAGUUUUCAAACAUUUGAACAAUGACAAACUAGUGAUUUGUUCUCGUAGUUAUAUUGUUGUUCAUCUUGUAACCAGGAAAAGUCUGUAAUGUGUUCUUGGCGUCCCUUUUAAGAGCUAUAAAAAGUCAUUUCAUAUAA